AUGACCACUCUUUUCCAGAGCCUCUCUAGCCUCACGCCGCUUCAGAUUCCCUCUACCCCAGACAAGGCACUUGAAGCGCAUCAACCAUCUAGCGCCUUGCACAGGCUUUCGCAGUCGGACACCCAGCAUGCCCGCAGCGUGUUUUUGACCCUCCAAGUCCUUUUCCCACACGAGCUGCUGCCGGCGUUGGACAUACUGGACCGUGGACUUGUCACGAGGUUUACGGUCCAAAUAGGCGACGGACACAAACAGGAAAACGAGAGCAGGUUGUCUGCUCUGCCCGAUGUAAACCCUGACGCCCGGUAUGCGGCCAGACCUGAUGAAGAUUGGGAGGUCUACUACAUCCAAUCAUCCUCCGCCGUUACAUCGAGGCCAACUGGCCGUGGCCGCUCGACCAGAUCCAGGACGGCAGGCUCUUCGCGGUACUCAACCCGCAGACAUGACGCCGGUGCCACUUUCUACGAGGUCCGCCUCGAUAGCUGGAACUGCAAUUGUCCCGCGUUUAGUGUAUCCGCGUUUCAGGGAAUGAAUGCGCAGGGUGACGGCGAGGACGUGUGCGGUAGUGUAUUCGACAAAAUAGGAGACCUCUUAAGCUCUUCAGGCGCUGCAUCUGUGUCUACAGAGCGCGCAGGAUGGGUGUUCGGAGGUGUCACCACCAAUAUUUCCACCCGUCUAGUGCCUUCGUGCAAACACAUUCUCGCCGCGGUACUAGCCAAAGCUGCCCCGAACCUUUUCGCCUCUGGCGUGCGGGCAAAGAAAGUCUCCAGGGAAGAGCUUACGGCAUGGGGAGGGGGAUGGGGAGAAUUAGGCGUGCAGUGA